GGACUGGCUGCCCAACCCAGUUUGUUCUAGAACGUGGUGAUGACAUGCUGAUAACUGCUGGCCGCCACCCACUCCUCGGAAAAUACAAAAUUGGAUUCAUGAACAACGGUGUGAUCAAAGCUGCCGACGUUCAAUAUUAUAUCAAUGGUGGAUGCACCCUUGAUGAGUCUGAGUUGGUGAUAAAGUUCCUUGUGCUGAAAUCUGAAAAUGCGUAUCAUAUUCCUAACUACCGGUGCCGGGGUAGGCCUUGCAAAACAAACUUGCCAUCCAACACUGCCUUUCGAGGAUUUGGCUUUCCCCAGGUUUCAGUGGUAGUUGAAGCUUACAUAACUGCUGUGGCAUCUCAAUGUAACUUACUCCCUGAAGAGGUUAAAGAAAUAAACAUGUAUAAGGGAAUUAGCAAAACAGCCUAUAAGCAGACAUUUAAUCCAGAGACCUUGCGAAGAUACUGGAACGAGUGUCUGGAGAAAUCUUCAUUUUAUGCUAGGAAAAAGGAUACUGAGGGAUUUAACAAAAAUAAUUAUUGGAAGAAAAGGGGGCUUGCUGUGGUCCCCAUGAAAUAUACCAUUGGCAUGCCUCAGGCCUACCAAAGUCAGGCCACCGCUCUCGUCCACAUCUACACCGAUGGUUCUGUCUUGGUGGCUCAUGGUGGCUGUGAAAUUGGACAAGGCCUUUACACCAAAAUGAUCCAGGUGGCUAGCCGGGAACUGAACAUCCCUGUCUCCUAUAUCCACCUGUCGGAAACCAGCACAGUCACUGUGCCCAAUGCCUCCUUAACAGCAGCAUCCAUGGGGACAGACAUCAACGGGAGAGCAGUGCAGAAUGCUUGCCAAAUUCUUAUGGCCCGUCUCCAGCCAGUCAUCAGGAAAAACCCCAAGGGAAGCUGGGAGGACUGGAUUGCAAAAGCCUACGAAGAAUCCAUCAGCCUGUCCACCACGGGAUAUUUCAGAGGCUACCAGACCCAUAUGGACUGGGAGACGGAGGAAGGAGAGCCUUACCCAUAUUUUGUUAACGGAGCAGCCUGUUCUGAGGUGGAAGUCGACUGUCUGACUGGGGCUCACAAGCUCCUUCGCACGGACAUCUUCAUGGACGCGGCUUUCAGCAUCAACCCAGCCCUGGACAUUGGGCAGAUUGAAGGAGCGUUUAUCCAAGGCAUGGGAUUAUAUACCAUAGAAGAACUGAAAUACUCCCCGGAAGGUGUGCUUUAUUCUCGGGGUCCUGAUGACUACAAAAUCCCCACCGUCACAGAAAUACCAGAAGAAUUCUAUGUUACUUUGGUGCGGUCCCGAAAUCCCAUAGCCAUCUACUCAUCCAAGGGAUUGGGUGAGGCUGCAAUGUUCAUGGGAAACUCCGUGCUUUUCGCCAUACAUGAUGCAGUGGCUGCUGCCCGAAGAGAGAGGGGGUUGACCAACACCUUCACCCUAAACAGCCCAGUGACGCCUGAGGAGAUUCGGAUGGCUUGUGCGGAUCAGUUCACCGACAUGGUUCUCGGGAUGAACGUGGUCUCUGUGACAGAAUUCUAG